AUGACGCCGCUGAUGUUCGCUGUGAAAGAUAAUCGCACAUCGUUCGUGGAGCGGCUCAUAGAGCUCGGGUCUGAUGUUGGCGCCAGGAACAAUGACAAUUACAAUGUGCUGCACAUAUCCGCCAUGUACGCCCGCGAGGAUGUCGUCAAGUUGCUGCUGUCCAAGAGAGGUGUUGACCCGUUUGCUACAGGAGGGAGCCGCCAACAAACCGCGGUCCACCUGGUGGCGAGCAGGCAGACCGGGACAGCCACCAGCAUCUUGCGAGCACUCCUCACAGCUGCCGGGAAGGAUAUACGACUGAGAAUAGAUGGGAGGGGCAAGGUCCCGCUUCUGCUGGCCGUGGAGGCUGGGAACCAGAGUAUGGUACGCGAGCUGCUCAGCGCGCAGACUGCGGAACAACUCAAGGCAUCCACCCCCAUGGGGGAUACGGCUCUCCACUUGGCUGCGCGCAGGCGCGACGUGGACAUGGCCAGGAUCCUGAUAGACUACGGUGCAGCCGUGGACGCAGUCAAUGGCGCUGGGCAAACCGCGUUGCACAUCGCAGCCGCGGAGGGGGACGAGCCUCUCGUCAAGUACUUCUAUGGAGUCAGGGCAAACGCCGGUAUCGCUGAUAAUGAAGACCGUACACCUAUGCAUCUCGCAGCCGAAAAUGGACAUGCAGCGAUCAUUGAGCUCCUCGCCGACAAGUUUAAAGCGUCAAUUUUCGAGCGGACCAAAGACGGGAGCACCCUGAUGCAUAUAGCCUCGUUGAAUGGCCACGCUGAUUGCGCAAUGAUGCUAUUCAAGAAAGGAGUUUACUUGCAUAUGCCUAAUAAGGAUGGAGCUCGUAGCAUACACACGGCAGCUCGGUACGGUCAUGUUGGGAUUAUAAACACUUUGCUUCAAAAGGGUGAAAGUGUGGACGUCACUACAAAUGAUAACUACACGGCUCUACACAUAGCAGUGGAGUCGUGCAAACCUGCCGUUGUAGAAACUCUAUUAGGAUAUGGAGCUGACGUUCACAUUAGAGGAGGCAAACAAAGGGAGACACCUCUACAUAUUGCUGCCAGGAUACCUGAUGGAGAUAAAUGCGCCCUGAUGUUGCUGAAAUCAGGAGCGGGGCCCAACAAAGCCACAGAGGAUGGUAUGACUCCGGUGCAUGUAGCAGCUAAAUUCGGCAAUUUAGCUACUCUAGUACUACUCCUAGAGGAUGGUGGUGAUCCAUUAAGAAAAACUAAAACUGGUGAAACUCCGUUACAUUUGGCAUGUCGAGGCUGCAAGCCAGAUAUAGUACGGCAUUUAAUAGAGUUUGUUAAGGACCACAAAGGCGAAAGUGUUGCUAUAUCGUACAUAGACGCCAUUGAUGAGGAUGGGGCCAGUGCUCUACACUUCGCCUGUAAAAUAACUCACGAGGAAGUUAAAAUAGCGUCAGCAGAUAAACAAGUCGUUGAAUGUCUUAUAGAGAACGGUGCUGAUGUCACUUUAACCACAAAACAUAAUCAUGAGACAGCUUUUCAUUUCUGUGCUAUAGCUGGAAACAAUGAUGUUAUGACUGAAAUGAUAACUCAUAUAUCCGCUGCUGAUGUUGGCAGAGCUCUAAACAAACAAAAUUCUAUUGGCUGGACACCCCUACUUAUAGCUUGUCAUAGAGGACACAUGGAACUAGUAAAUACACUUCUUUCCAACCAUGCAAGAGUAGACGUUUUUGAUAUUGAAGGUAGAUCAGCACUACAUUUGGGUGCAGAGCAUGGAUAUUUACAAGUUUGUGAUGCCCUCUUAACAAAUAAAGCAUUUAUUAACUCUAAGGCUAGAAAUGGACGAACAGCUCUUCAUUUAGCUGCUAUGAAUGGAUAUGCGCAUUUAGUUAAGUUUUUGAUACGAGAUCAUAAUGCAAUGAUAGAUGUAUUAACACUUAAGAAACAAACUCCUCUACAUUUGGCAGCAGCAAGUGGGCAAAUGGAAGUUUGCAAACUUUUACUUGAACUAGGUGCCAACACUGAUGCGACUGAUGAAUUAGGGCAAAAGCCAAUUCAUGCUGCAGCCCAAAACAAUUAUUCUGAAGUUGUUCAAUUAUUUUUACAACAACACCCAAAUUUAGUAAUGGCAACGACUAAAGAUGGAAAUACUUGUGCGCAUAUAGCUGCUAUGCAAGGGUCAGUGAAAGUAAUAGAGGAACUAAUGAAGUUUGAUAGAACUGGUGUGAUAUCGGCGCGUAAUAAGUUAAAUGAUUCUACACCUCUACAGUUAGCUGCGGAAGGGGGUCACGCAGAUGUGGUUAGGGUUCUUGUUAGGGCUGGUGCAUCUUGCACCGACGAGAAUAGAGCAGGCAUGACUGCAGUGCAUCUGGCAGCUGAACAUGGACAUACUAAUGUGUUAGAUGUUAUGCGGUCGACGAACACGUUACGGAUAUCUAGUAAAAAGUUAGGAUUGACGCCACUUCAUAUAGCGGCAUACUAUGGGCAAGCAGAAACCGUGAGAGAACUUCUAUCCUUUGUAUCUGGGACCGUCAAAUCUGAAGCGCCAACAGGUGUAUCAUUAGUCCCAGAAUUGGGUGCAGAGUCUGGUUUGACACCUCUUCAUUUGGCUGCCUAUAAUGGUAAUGAGAAUGUAGUGCGGUUGUUACUCAACUCCGCUGGUGUACAAGUCGAUGCGGCAUCUAAUGAAAACGGUUAUAAUCCGCUACAUUUGGCGUGUUUUGGAGGUCAUAUGUCCAUUGUAGGUCUAGUAUUGAGUAGAUCAGCGGAAUUGUUACAAAGUACGGACAGGCAUGGGAAAACAGGCUUGCAUAUCGCUUCGACGCAUGGCCAUUACCAGAUGGUCGAAGUAUUACUAGGACAGGGGGCAGAAAUCAAUGCGACAGAUAAAAAUGGGUGGACUUCAUUGCAUUGUGCUGCAAAAGCUGGUCAUUUAAAUGUAGUGAAGCUUCUAUGUGAAUCUGGUGCAUCACCAAAAAGCGAAACAAACUUAAACUGUGCUCCCAUUUGGUUCGCUGCAUCAGAGAAUCACAACGAUGUUUUAGAAUAUUUACUUCAUAAGGAACACGAUACACAAUCAUUAAUGGAUGAUAAACGAUUUGUUUAUAAUUUAAUGGUGUGUUCAAAAAAUCACAAUAAUAUACCAAUAGAAGAAUUUGUAUUGGUAUCCCCUGCACCUGUAGAUACGGCAGCAAAAUUAUCAAAUAUAUAUAUUAAUUUAUCUACUAAGGAGAAGGAGCGUGCCAAAGAUCUCAUAGCAGCAGGUAAACAAUGCGAAGCUAUGGCCACGGAAUUACUGGCGCUGGCUGCCGGUGCUGAUUCCGCCGGACAUAUACUUACAGCGACAGAUAACAGAAAUGUAGAAUUUUUAGAUGUGUUAAUUGAAAAUGAACAAAAGGAGGUCAUUGCCCAUACAGUUGUCCAGAGAUAUCUUCAGGAACUUUGGAGAGGGAGUCUCAAAUGGACAGGCAUCAAAAUAAUGUUCCUCUUUUUUGCAUUUAUAGUUUGUCCGCCAGUUUGGCUAGUGUUCUCUCUUCCAGUAGGUCAUAAAUAUAAUAAGGUCCCAAUAAUUAAGUUCAUGUCAUAUUUGACUUCUCACAUAUACCUCAUGACAUUGUUAGCUCUGGUAGCUAUCACGCCCAUUUAUAAUUCAAUAUUUAGGGAGAAUUUAGUACCUAGGUGGUAUGAAUGGAUACUGCUCAUAUGGUUGAGUGGACUUCUAUUGUUUGAACUGACUAAUCCAAGUGACAAGUCCGGGUUAGGUUGGAUCAAAAUUGCAGUUUUACUGCUCGGGAUGAUUGGUGUAGCUACACACGUUGUCGGUUGGAUAUUUGUGAUGCCCAAGUACUGGCCUACUUUAAUGUAUUGCAGAAACCAAUGCUUUGCAUUAUCUUUUUUACUAGCUUGUGUACAAAUAUUGGACUUCUUAUCAUUUCACCACCUCUUUGGCCCUUGGGCUAUUAUCAUUGGUGAUCUGAUGAAAGAUUUGGGUAGGUUUCUUGCAGUGUUGGCAAUAUUUGUAUUCGGCUUUUCAAUGCACAUUGUAGCACUGAACCAGCCGUUUAGAAAUAUCAAUAAAGCAGAGGACAAUAAGCACGCCCGACAGGCCAGGAAGAAAAUCUUCUCGGAUGUGGUGAUGAACCCCCUAUUAUCGUUCGAGCUUCUCUUCUUCGCGGUGUUCGGUCAGACGACGACGGACCAGACACAAAUGAACAGGAACGACGCGAAUGCCCAGCCGAGCUGGACCAAGUACCUGUUCAAAAUUGUUUUCGGAAUCUACAUGUUGGUGUCUGUGGUGGUACUCAUCAAUUUGCUCAUUGCUAUGAUGUCAGACACGUACCAAAGGAUCCAGGCACAAUCGGAUAUUGAAUGGAAAUAUGGAUUGUCAAAGCUAAUUAGGAAUAUGCAUCGGACGAGCACUGCGCCGGCGCCGAUCAACUUGGUCACCACUUGGUUGAUGUGGCUAAUAGCUAGAUGCAAGGAGCGUCUAAGUAAAAAGAAACGGCCGAGUCUCGUUCAUAUGAUCGGAUUACAACGACAGGAUCAGUUGAGUGCCAGAUCGAAAGCUGGGGCUAAGUGGCUAUCUAAAGUGAAGCGGGGUCAAGUCGUUCCAAAAGACUCGACUCGCCUUUCUGUAGUCCAUCUCAGUCCUUUGGGUUCUCAAUUAAGUUUCAACAACAUGACAAGGAUAGAGAAUGUUGUGGACUGGGAAGUUAUUGCGAAAAAAUACAGAGCCCUCAUGAGAGAUGAAACUGAGGAACCAGUAGUUAAGGAGAACGAAGCAGAUGCCGCUGACAAUACGUCAGAAAUAGUGCCUAACAAUAUUUCAACGAUACCGCCAUGAACAUAUUAAAGUUUUCUUCAUCAGGAACGAGAUAAUUACAAAUUGACGUCGUUAUAGCGUCCACAAUUAAAUUUUAUAUACGUAUAAUAAAUAUCUAUUUCAUAUUUUGAGAGCCAAAAUUAAUUUUACUGCCGUCAGAAAUUAUCCAUGUCAGAAAGAGACGA